CUUUAGACCACGAUUGACGUAUCGCUGGGUCGCUGCCCUGCACCACAAGGGUCAUGGCCACGCCACGGUCACGGAUAUCUUGAAGCUGCGACAACUAGAGUAACUCCAUACCAUAACGUCCACCAAACGCUCACACUGACACCAACAUUGACAUUGACACCAAGAUCAUACUGAUUCCUGCUUGUCCAACACUUUCCACAACACCUUAAUGACAACGAAAUCCUGGCAGAGCGGCAGUGAGCAUGGCUGUCAUGAAUGAGAGCCUGUGAGUUGCGCCACUUCUAUAGCAACAUUUACCAAACUACCAAACUCCCAAAUACAAAUACUUGCGCUAACAUACGCGAUCCAGACACCAUGCAACUGAGGACUUGAUUCUAGCCAAGUCGCGGAAAUUCUAUCGUGCCAGCAUACAUACAGCGUGUGUAUUUCAAGCUCGGGCUGGCCAAGGGAAUCUGUGCUAACUGCUUCACUGUAGCCACUGGCAGCUGCGCUCCCUCAUUGGGACUUCACAACGCGGCGUGAUCUACUACCCAAGUGGUCAUGAAAUAAUGCGCCUCGAUACAAAAUCCAGACAGCGAGAGGUCGUCACAGCCGUUUCAUUUCCGCCGAGAUGUCUUACAGCCUCGAAGGACUGGCUAUGUUGUGGCGGGGAACAGGGGACAUAUGUUGCCAUUUGCUUGGAUGAAAGAAGGAGGAGGGCUCCGGGGACAGAUGCAGAUAUGGAUCCCGAUGAACGGCUGCCUUUGGACCUCGACCCAGCAAGUCGAUCCAUCCUCCGCGAGGCCCUGUCGAAUUCAGAUAUAUUACCAGCGUCAUCUCGAAGGUCAAGGGGGCGACUUUCAGCAAAGACGGCGAAAAUCGGCAAGGAAAUCGUGAAUUGUAUCGAACUUUGGUCCCCAAGUCCUUCCUCUUCCAAAAAGGCAUAUAAAAUCCCAGUGGCCGUCGUUUCAAAUAAUGAUCAUAACGUAUUCAUUGUCGAUGUUGCAGAAUCGGAGGUUUUGGAAGAGCUGAACUUUCCAGAUUGUGCAAACCGUUCUGUUAUGUCGCCAGAUGGAGAACUUCUUGUAACCAUUUGCGACGACCCCUUUCUCUACGUCCACGAGAGACGACUGAAGGUAGCAUCUCACGAUGAUGAAGCCGAGAAAAAAUUGGAAGAUGAAUAUGAGUGGGCGUUACGAGGCAGAGUCCAGCUAACAGGCCAAAGACAAGCCGAUAGAGGAGAAAUGCGUGGAAGCUUUGCAUCGUCGUUCUCAGCUUCUGGAAAGUAUUUAGCCGUAGCAACGCAAUACGGCGUGAUCUCUAUCUUUGAAACAGCCACACUGGCCCAAGAGGAUGAAAGCUCGCUCCUAGCAGUUUUUACAUCAUCGAGACCUGGUGUAGAAGCUAUACAUGGAGCUGUCCGCGCAAUGCUGUUUUCGCCUGGCCCCGUUGAUCUUCUCGCUUGGACAGAGGCAACAGGUCGGGUAGGGGUUGCCGAUGUUCGAAAUCUAUGCCGCUCUCAACAGCUCAUCACUUUGGACUCUUAUUCCGAGGGAAUGGAGAGAGUGAUCGUUUCGGACAGACUUGGUGACAGCGUAAUCGAUCCAAGGUUACGGCACUUUCGUGUGGAACCAGCAUCUACGGCCAGUACAACCCCAGACUACCUAGGUUCGGAUAUGGAGCGUCGAAAUCCUCGACACCAUCUAACAAGAGAAAUGCUAGAUAGGCAUCAAGCCCCACUUACAGCAGAAGAGCUCGAGGUCUUGUCAGCUCAUAGAAUAGCCCGUCGAAUAAGGGAUACGGCAAACGCACCACAUACAGGCCGUGAAACUUCGGCUGACACUUCCAAUUUACCAAGACUGGGGCAUUGGAGCGAUGAGCGAUUAUCGUCGUCUACUGUUGCGGGCAGAACGAGAAGUGUUGAACGUCGAAUAGCGAAUGCAAAUUUGCCGCCCGCACUCAGGGAGUUUAUCAAUCCAGAACGCUCGACAACUUCCAUAAGAUCUUUUAUAAACGACCGUAAUAACGACCGCGAAAGGAGGGUUCACUUGAACUUUGAAUUCGACCCACAAAGAUCGAACAACCUUCGCCUCACCGCGGACGAAAGUUCCAGCGCACGGGAUUCAUCAGAAUCUAGUGUGACAGUUGGUACUGACAGCACUCCCUCAGAGCAGCUAUCACUGAUCGCACAAACCCUUGAGGCUACCGGCGUAGAUUCAACUACCACGGCAUGGCCUGAGCUAGAUGCUCUCUAUCGCACCAGACUACCUUUAGAUCCUCCUCUCGACAGGGCCGCUCGAGUACGCAUUGAGAUAGAGGAUGAUGAUCGACGCGAUUUCGCGAAUAGGCUGAGACAACCAUAUCGCCCUCUUGGUGAGCUUUCUCUCGGAAUUCGUGAUGAGGGUGUAAGCGCUCUACGAAGAUCUCGAGCAGGUGCAGUGGAAACGAUGGGUUGUAGAUGGAGUGAGGAUGGAAGGACCUUGUAAGUAAUCCGGCUCCUUCGCUGCUGUCUGGCUUCUUGCUAACGGGAUGGAAGAUACGUUGGUGCGGAAGAUGGGAUCUAUGAAUACCGCGUCAAUGUUGCUGGUCGAAAGAUCUUUCCUAGCCUUGUGUUGCGUUAAUUCUUUCUUGACUUUCUUGGUUGGGUUUUUUUCAGCAAUGGCGUUCCUUGGGCGUUUAUGGGAUCAGGGGAUUAGGGGCUCAUCAUGAAUUCGGAGAUUCAUGGGUGGUUCGAUUCUUUUCGAUGGUGUUUGGCUGGCCCUUUUAAAAAAAGAUUCUGGCUAUUGUGUAUUAUGAAUCACGUUCUUACGAUUUGUAAAGUAUCGGGUUUUUUGACCAACGUCUUCCGAGAUGUAAUUUUAAGAUGUAAUUUUUCGAGUUAUA